AUGGAGUCCUCUAAGUUCACCACCCUCCUUCUCAUUUCCAUGCUCUUCAUCUUCUUAACCACCCCAAUCCUUGGUUGUGACGACUGUUCAAAACCCUCUCCAAGUUGUGACCACUGUUCAAAACCCCCUCCAAGUUGUGACCACUGUUUAAAACCCUCUCCAAGUUGUGACCACUGUUCAAAACCCUCUCCAAAACACAAAAAACCCAUUACCCUCCCACCCAUUGUUAAACCACCCAUCAACCUCCCUCCGGUGACUAACCCACUAACCACCACCAAGCCUUGCCCGCCGCCACCGGAUGCUCAGACAUGCCCAAUUGACACACUCAAACUUGGAGCUUGUGUGGAUCUUCUUGGUGGGUCGGUCCACAUUGGGCUUGGUGGGUUGGUCAACAUUGGGCUUGGUGGGUUGGUCCAUAUUGGGCUCGGCGACCCGGUGGCGGACCAUUGUUGCCCUGUGUUGCAAGGGCUGGUGGAGAUUGAGGCUGCAGUGUGUUUGUGUACUACUUUGCAGCUUAAGGUUCUUAACCUUAAUAUUUUUGUUCCACUGGCUCUUCAACUUCUUGUCACUUGUGGGAAGACACCCCCUCCUGGCUUCACUUGCUCUCUCUAG